AUGAUAAGGUUUCUAGCUAACAUUUUCGACUCCAUCUCCAGUUUUUUAACUCAAGUUUACAUUAAAAAAUUCUCUACAAUUGAAGAUUAUGAUAAACCACUGCGUUCAGGCAGUGUCAGUAAUCAACCUGAAACCACAAUUGAAGCAAAAGAUAAGAUGUUAACUGCAUCUACAGAAUCAGAUUAUGGUACUGACCUAUUCCCCAGUGAAAAUUCCCGGUAUGCGUCUUAUUAUAAGCCGAAAACUCCAUCUCCUGUUGUUAUUACCGAUGAUGAAGAUGAUCCAGAUAUUUCCUUUGAUUUAACUUUUUUAAAUCAACCCGAUUCACCUCCACCAAAACCAACUAGCGACUAUGAUAGGGUUGUAUCGAAUUUCUACUUCCCAGCAUCUCCAAUAUCAAAAUAUAACUACUCAUUCAUUGAUACUAUAGUUGAUGUAACUUCAACUUUAACUGCUAAUGAUUUUUUCAAGAUUGAUAAAAAAAAUUUUUUGAAUAAAAUUACUAAAGAACGUUUAUUGAAAACUUCAAAAUUGAAAAAAUUAUCUCAUGAUCAAUAUAAUCAAGUUUUAAAAUUAUGGAAUUCAAAUGAUAUUAAUAAAAAAGUUAAAUCUCGUUUUGCAAUUGAUAUUACUAUAAAAGAUUUGAAAACUUUAAAAGGUACUAAUUGGCUAAAUGAUAACAUUAUUGAUUUUUAUUUAAAUCUUAUCUCUCUACAAAAUUCAAAUAUCUUCUGUUGGACAACUCAUUUUUAUACUACUUUACUUAAAAGAGGUUAUUCGGGAGUGGCUAGAUGGUCUAAACGUAAAAAAAUAAAUGUCAAUUCAAAAAAUUUAAUCAUUAUUCCAAUCAAUAUCUUAAGUACUCAUUGGUCCUUAGCAAUAGUUGAUAAUAUCAAUCUUACAAUCACUUAUUAUGACUCUUUAAAUUCUUCUGGUAAUUUAAAUGCUUUAUUAUUAAUUAAAGACUAUAUGAUUCAAGAAGCAGUUAAAAAUAAUUCUCCUCUUAAUUAUCAUGAUUUUAAACUCAUACCUAAUUUUAAAACUCCUCAACAAGAAAAUGGUAGUGAUUGUGGUAAUGUGUUUUGA